CCCGCGGUGGCUCCUGGACGCCGGGUGCCGGGAGAGGCUGCGUCCACCCGGCCUCCGGCCCGUGACCGGGUCCGUCGCGGUUCCCGCAGCCAUGGGGCGCCGUAAGUCCAAGCGGAAGCCGCCCCCCAAGAAGAAGGUGACGGGGACGCUGGAGACGCAGUUCACCUGCCCGUUCUGCAACCACGAGAAGUCCUGCGACGUCAAGAUGGAUCGUGCCCGCAACACGGGGGUGAUCUCCUGCACCGUCUGCCUGGAGGAGUUCCAGACGCCCAUCACGUACCUGUCGGAGCCGGUGGACGUCUACAGUGACUGGAUCGAUGCCUGCGAAGCUGCCAACCAGUAGCGGCUGGGGCAGCCCCUGCCCACAGCACAACCCCAGACCCCUGGGGCGGGAGAUCACAUCCCUACCCCGAGACCUGAGGCAGAGGGGUCAUGUCCCUGCCACCCCUUUGUGGUGUUUUCUUUAUGUUUUCUACCUUUCUGUUCCUGGGCAUGGGGCUCCAGCUCACAUGGGGACCCAGGAUGUGUCCUCCCCCAAGGACGGGACUCCUGCUCUUGGGGCGGGUCUGAGGGAGGGAGGGGGCUCGCCUGGCCCCUCUGGGACUUGUCCCCAUCCCAGGGACUUAAUUGCCUCUCACCAGCAAGCUGUAGGGACUGCACAGGAGCGGGGCUGCUGGGAUGCGGGCACAGGGGCCAGGCGCAGAGGCGACGUGUUUUGGCAGAGCCGCCCUUGAAUAAACACCC